AUGUUUACGUCUCUACGCUUCGACGUUAUCGAAAUUUCCUCGGGCUUUUUGUCGAUCCCGGAGGACGACUGGCUUCGACUCGUUGAUAAAGUGCAUUCGUACAAGCUGGAGGCGAAGCCGGAAUUGGGAAUCCAGUUCGGUGCCGGCGGUGAUACUCCGGCAUCGGGCCUGGAAGCGAUUGGGACUUCGGAUCCGGGGAAGCUGGUGAGCCUGGGGCGAAAGUUCCUUGACAACGGAGUGAAGCGGUUGAUGAUCGAGUCGGAGGGGAUCACAGAGAAUGUGAAUUCGUGGAGAACGGAUGUGGUUUCGAAGAUUAUGAAGGAGUUGCCGCCUGAGCGUGUUAUGUUUGAAGCUGCAGAUCCCAAAGUAUUCAAUUGGUAUGUUCGAGAGUUUGGGAUCGAUGUCAAUGUAUUCGUCGAUCAUAGCCAGAUCGUGCAGUUGGCCUGUCUGCGAUCUGGAAUUUGGGGAACGGCGGAUACCUGGGGCAAAGUUGUUUCAUUUCGGCCAGAAUGA